CCGUGCGUAAAUGUGACCAUCUCCCCUCAAGACAUCCACGGGCAUCUCUUCGCUUCUUUUCGGCCAGGGAUCACCUGCCCACAUUGGGACCGUGGAGUCCCGGGUGUCGCGACUCGGCGCCCUCCUCCAGGGGCUGGGAGGAGCGCCGGGUGCCACGUCCAGGUUCCUCCCGGGCUUCGUGACCACCGCCGCGGACAGCAAUGGCUCGGAGCGCCGGGAGAGACGCGGUUCCACCCGGUCUCGGAUGCCCGUGAUGCGGGGUCUGAUCGCGCCUCAGAACACCUUCCUGGACACCAUCGCGACUCGAUUCGAUGGCACACCAACUUUGUAUUAGGGAACGCCCAGGUCCAAACACUCUACCCAAUUGUCUACUGCUCCGACGGCUUCUGUGAAUUGACCGGCUUUGCCCGAGGUGAGCUGAUGCAGAAGAGCUGCACGUGUCACUUCUUGUACGGUGGCGAGACCAGCGACCACCUCACCUUGCAGAUGCAGAGAGCUCUGGAUGAGCGACAGGAGUUCAAGACGGAAAUCAUCCUGUACAAAAAGAGCGGUUCAAAGUUUUGGUGUCUGCUGGACAUCGUGCCCAUAAAAAAUGAGAAGAGCGAGGUGGUUCUGUUCCUGGUCUCGCAUAAGGACAUCACAGAAAACAAGGACGUGGACCAUGGCAAUGAAACUGACACCGAGGACACGGGUUUGGAGGUGCACAAGAUCAGCCGCCCUACAGGCUUCAACGUGGAGCACCGUCGCAGUCGAGCUGUCCUGUACCAGCUAUCUGGGCACCUCCAGAAACAGGACAAGAGCAAGAGCAAGCUGAAGAUCAACAAUAGCGUUCUGGGAGCCAACGCUAAUCCAGUACCAGAGUACAAGGUGGCAGACAUCCAGAAGUCCCGCUUCAUCCUCCUGCACUACGGCGCAUUUAAAGCCGGCUGGGAUUGGCUGAUCUUGUUGGCGACCUUCUACGUGGCCGUGACGGUUCCCUACAAUGUCUGCUUCACAGACGGCGGGUCGGCGGCACGAAACCCGCCCAGUGUUAGUGACAUUUUGGUGGAGAUUCUCUUCAUGAUUGAUAUCGUCCUGAAUUUCAGAACCACCUACGUGAGCACGUCUGGUCAGGUCGUGUACGACGCCCGCUCAAUCUGCGUUCAUUACGUCACAUCCUGGCUGUUUGUGGAUCUGAUUGCCGCCUUGCCCUUUGAUCUGCUCUAUGCUUUCAAUAUCAGUGUGAACUUCGGGGUGCACCUGCUGAAGACUGUGCGUCUCCUGCGCCUGUUGCGACUCCUGCAGAAGCUUGACCGCUACUCCCAGUACAGCGCCGUGGUUCUUACCCUGCUCAUGUCCACCUUUGCCCUGCUGGCCCACUGGAUGGCGUGCGUCUGGUACUUCAUUGGACGCAGCGAGAUUGAAAGCAACAGCCCGACCUCUUGGGACAUAGGCUGGCUUCACGAGCUCGCCAAACGUUUGGGUACGCCCUACUUCCUGGCACCGCUGACAUCCCUUCUGGGCGUCUCCGAUCCGCCUCAAGGGGCCGUGACACCAGAACUGCUCAAUUCCAGCCAGUGGAACAGCUCAAGCCUGGAGCUGUUAAACGGGGCGGCUCUGUUGGGAGCGGCCGCAUGGAACGGAAGCAGAUCACGUGCGAGGUCGCCCGGCGGCACGGGCGUGACCUUGAGCGGCGGUCCGUCCGUGCGGAGUUCCUACGUCACGUCGCUGUACUUCGCUCUGAGCAGCCUGACCAGCGUGGGCUUCGGCAAUGUCUCGGCCAACACCGACUCGGAGAAGAUCUUCUCCAUCUGCACCAUGCUGAUUGGAGCGUUAAUGCAUGCCGUGGUGUUCGGUAACGUGACCGCCAUCAUCCAGAGGAUGUACUCACGACGCUCCCUGUACCACACCCGCACCAAGGACCUGAAAGACUUCAUCAGAGUGCACCGGCUGCCCAAAGCCCUUGAGCAACGUAUGAUGGAGUGCUUCCAGACAACCUGGUCCGUCAACAACGGCAUCGACGUCAGCGAGCUGCUGAAGGACUUCCCAGACGAGCUGAGGGCCGACAUCGCCAUGCACCUGAACAAGGAGCUGCUGCAGCUGCCGCUCUUUGAGUCGGCCAGCAGAGGAUGCCUGCGCUCCCUCUCGCUAAUCAUCAAGACGUCCUUCUGCGCACCCGGGGAGUUCCUUAUCCGCCAGGGCGACGCCCUGCAGGCCAUCUACUUUGUGUGCUCGGGCUCCAUGGAGGUUCUGAAGGACAACACUGUGCUCGCCAUUCUAGGACGAGGCGACCUGAUCGGCUCUGACUGUCUGACGCAGGAGGAAGUGAUUAAGACCAACGCCUGCGUGAAGGCCCUGACCUACUGUGACCUGCAGUACAUCAGCCUCAAAGGCCUCCGUGAGGUUCUGUGCCUGUACCCAGACUACGCGCAGAAGUUCCUCUCCGAGAUCCAACACGAUCUAACGUACAACCUCCGGGAAGGACACAGCAUGGAGGCCGAAUGUGAGAGCAAUGGAGGACUCGUGAAGAAGCUUCCUUCCAUCAAGGAGGACGAGGAGGGGUCCAAUUCAGAGGGGGAACGCUCACCUAUUCCAAAAAUUCCCCCCCUGGGCAGAUUGGGAAGAGGGCUGCGCUCGCCCCUGCGCUCGCCUCUACGCUCCCCUCUGCUCCCGCCGAGACCCUUCAGACUAGGGAGCGACCACACUCGGCCCACCAGCCUGCAGAUCCCUGUGGUGGGCUUAAGCUGUCUGCAGCCUGAGCUCAGUCCUCGGUUUGUGGAUGGCGUCGACUCCGAAAACCAAAGUGGUUUUGCCACAAAGUUUGAUUUCACUCCCAGCUCCCCGCAGAGUUUCCUAGGCAGCUUUGAUUCAGCUCCGGCAGAAGGGCACGACGACUGUGACACCAUGCAGGCCAUCACUAAACUCAAACACGAGAUGAAGGUUCUGUCUCGCCAGGUAACCACCAUGAGCCAUGAGCUUCAGGAAAUCACGCGACUUCUCAAACCACUUUUUCACAACAACCCCUCGAGCCUGCUGAUGCCCAACACCGUGACUCCGCCUCCGAGCGUCUCGUCACACGGUUGCUCCCCGGCGCCAGCACUUUUUACCCAGCAUGCAGAGGACCGACAGCGCCUCCUGGUACCCGGGCCAUCAUCUCCUCCAAUGAGCAUGACGCCGUUUGAAGGCGCAGCAGAGUGCGACAUCUUUCGCUGGUCCGAUUCCCAAACCCUCACCUCCAGUGACCUACCAGUUGGGUCUCAUUGCUCAGCUCCGCCAUCACUUAACAGUUCUCCCCAUGUACACACGCUGGUACCGCUUCCCGCCUCGUCCUCCAUCCCAUCCCUCUCUUCUUCAUCCACCCGCACGACUCUUCUGCUGGACUUGACAGGACCAAAUGUUGAGCCACAGUCUCGAUAUCCUCCCCGCCCUUGCUGCCAUUCUAAUGUUUUCCAGCCCUCCAUGACCACGGCCCAAGGGGAGGUCAUGUGGGAAGACCACGCCACCCAGCUCAGCUUCGUGGACGAGGUGCAGCCAUGAGCGUAAGCCGAGAGCGCUGGACUAAAAGAGCGGGAAAUUGCACGCCACACCACUUACUCUCCUGCAUGACUAACAUGACAGUAAAAAAAAAAAACAUCAACUGUUGGAGGGACAGCGCUUGCAAUAAAAGUUUUACUGCUUUAA